GAAUAUAUGUGCUAUGUCGCGCAAAGGUCAUAAACAUGUAGAACGUAGAACUUCGUUCUAUAAGUGCUCGUAAAACUUGGUCGUCAGUGAUGUUAUUAAGAACUAGUCAGUUCUCUUAUUAUUCCGUAAGCAAUCGAUUCCACUUAUCAGUUAGAUAGUGCGAUGAAUCAACACGGUAGUCCUUGAAAAUAGUCUUAAAAUUUUUAUUACUCGCAUUGACAAAAUAUCUGUCAACUAAAACUAGUUGCAUCGAAAGAGAAGAAUAUUGUGCUUUAGAAUCAAAUGUGCUUACGUUACAAUAACGAUAAUGUCUAAAACUAAAGACAUUACCAAGUUCUCGACUAAACAGUUGCAAGAAUUUUUGAUGUCCUUUGACAUAAUAUUAUCCGACAUCGACGGAGUUUUAUGGCGGUUCAAUAAACCUAUUGACGGUGCUUCUGAAUCGUUAGCGACAUUGCAAAAUAUGGGAAAGCAAUUAUAUCUAGUAACAAAUAAUAGCACAAAAACGUUCGAAAAUUAUUGCAAGAGUACUCAACAUUCCUGUUUGAAUUUAAGUUCGGACCACAUAAUUAACACCAUUAAACUAAUUACUUGGUUUUUGAAAAAAAUCGAUUUUCAUGACGAAGUUUUUGCUAUUGUUUCGGAUACGUCUCGAAAAGUUUUGAAAGAAGCAGGAAUACAAUUAAUAGAGAAUCCUAAAGUUUUCCAAACAGAUCCAAGUGCAACUAUAAGAGAAGUUUUAAAUCGACUAUCCGUUAAAGCUGUAAUUGUUGAUUUUGAUGUUAAUUGCAAUUGGUCAAUGCUAGCUUUAGCUAUAUCAUGCCUUAAACGUAAGGAUGUAUUAUAUAUAGCAGGAGCAACAGACGAAUGGAUACAAGCAUCAUCCGAAAUUAAAAUCUUAGGUCCUGGUCCAUUGAUACACAUUAUCAACACUCAGACUGGAAGAAAGCCAAUUGUAUGUGGUAAACCUAGCCAAAAUUUAAAAGAUUAUAUUUUAGAUAAAUGCAAUGUGACAGAUCCGCAAAGAUGUUUGUUCAUUGGUGACACGAUUGAUCAAGAUAUGAAGUUUGCUUCAAUGUGCGGAUUCACAAAGCUUUUCGUCGGCACAGGAUGUGAUACAUUGGAACAGGCACAAAAAGAAGAUGAUACUUGUCCGGAUUAUUAUCUUCCUACCUUGAGUCAACUAUUCUAUGCCUAUAAUGAUUCAUAAUGUUAACAUUAACAUCUAAUUAUAAAAAAUUAAUGUUAACAUCUAAUUAUAAAAAUAGUUGAUAGUUAAUAUUUUAAUAAAGGGUAAAUAUAAAAACAAUCAAUUUAUAACCAUAGAUAAGACUCGAUAAGAAGGAGACCGGAAACCGGCUUCCCUCUCACGUCCUACGCCUCGUUAGAUACAAGAUUGUCCGCGUCCCCGCGCGCAUAUGUA